GAAGCAUAAUGCCAAGUAGCAUAGUGAGACACUUCGGUCACUGUUGUCUCCUGGCAACCGUAAUAAUCCUCUUCGAGUAUGCAUCUGGAGCACUAUUCAAUGAAAACAGACCAGAGCUGAAUCCGUGGACAGACUACGGCAUCCUCGGUGCAACUCUCCUCUACUUACUCCGAGCCCUGACAUUCCUGUCGUUCCCCCAAGUCCUCUUCAACUUCCUCGGUUUCACCAUUUACAACGCAUUCCCUGAUAAAGUUGUCCUCAAGGGCUCGCCCCUCCUCGCCCCCUUUAUCUGUAUCCGCGUGGUUACACGUGGAGACUACCCUCAAUUAGUGAAGACAAACGUUCGGAGGAAUCUGAACAAAUGCACAGAGGCAGGACUCGAGAACUUCCAGAUCGAAGUUGUGAGUGAUAAACCUAUUGGUUUAUCUCCUCAUAGGAGAAUAAGGGAGGUUGUUGUCCCCUCGAAUUACAGGACGAGCAGUGGGGCACUGUUCAAGGCUCGCGCCCUGCAGUACUGCCUGGAAAACAGUGUGAAUGAACUCGCCGAUCACGACUGGAUUGUUCAUUUGGAUGAGGAGACGUUAUUGACUGAGAAUUCAGUCCGGGGGAUUCUCAACUUUGUACUCGAUGGGAAACACCAGUUUGGACAGGGUCUCAUCACCUACGCCAAUGAAGAUGUGGUGAACUGGAUCACGACACUUGCUGAUAGCUUCAGGGUUGCCGAUGACAUGGGGAAACUCAGAUUGCAGUUCACCAUGUUCCAUAAACCACUGUUUAGUAUGAAGGGAUCAUUUGUUGUCACUCAGAUGGCAGCAGAGCGUCAAGUGUCCUUCGACAACGGUCUCGACGGUUCAGUCGCCGAGGAUUGCUUCUUCGCGAUGAAGGCCUUCACCAUGGGCUACACUUUCAACUUCAUAGAAGGAGAGAUGUGGGAGAAGAGUCCCUUUACCCUUUGGGAUUUUGUUCAACAACGGAAACGCUGGCUCCAGGGAAUCCUCCUGGUCGUCCACUCCAAAGUUAUUCCCCUGAAGAAGAAGUUACUCCUCGCUAUCUCCUGUUACUCCUGGGUGACAAUGCCCCUCUCAACAUCCAACAUCAUCCUCGCAGGACUCUGUCCCAUAUCGUGUCCCCAGUUUAUCGAUGUUCUAUGUGCAUUCAUCGGUGCAGUGAGUAUAUACAUGUACAUAUUCGGUGUCAUAAAAUCAUUCUCACUAUACCGUUUUGGUAUUUCACGUUACAUUCUUUGCAUUGGUGGUGCACUUGCAACAAUUCCCUUCAAUUUAAUCAUUGAAAAUAUCGCUGUCAUCUGGGGAGUAUUCGGUAAAAAACACAAAUUCUAUGUCGUAAGCAAAGAGUUCAAAUCACCUGUGACCGUUUAAGUGUUUUCAACUCCCAAUGGGAGAGUUUAUUAUAUCACUAGUUAUAGGAACGAUAUGAUUCCAUUGCACCCCUCGUACCUGUUUUUAUUCAGAGUUGAAUAGGAAUGAUGAAAGUGUUGAGUGAAAAGGUGAAGUUGUGGAAUGAGAUAAGUCAGUCUCAUUUAAAAAUUUUUUACAAAGAUUUCUUGAUCUGUUGAUUUUUGUGGGAAUUUCGUGCAGCUUUUAGUUACUGCAAGAAAAGGCUCAAUGGAAAUUCGUUUUCAAGUGCAAAGAUAUUUUUUUCAAAAAUAAAAUAUUGAGGAAUUUCGCUUCAAGUUGAGUUUUCGAAGAAUAUCUUUGAAUCUAAAGAAGAUGGGAUACAUUCUAUAGAGUAAAGGAAGAGUAAAAGAGAAAGUUUUUAUAACAAUUGCUCUGUCUCUUUUGGAUGUAACGAAAACAUUUGAAUUGACUUAUGUAGUUUGACUACUUCACCGCUAAACUUUGUGGAACAUUCUGUACAAAUUUUUUAAGGGUUAUCGACAAUCUCAAAUGAGGAAUCAAAAUAAUCAUAGAGUACAGUAUUUUUUUUUUAGAGUGGAAUAUUUCCCAGGAAUCGUUGCAGUACGUACAUAAAUGCACUUUGUGUUUUUCUUAAGCUCUUAAGACAACUUCGAUAUGUAUGUCAUUUGUUGAGGAGAGAUCGUAAUUACAUUUUUUUAAUGGAGAGGAGAUGUAUGCGAAGAAUAUACAUAAGGAGAUGCAUGCGAAGAAUAUACAUGAUUUAGAAUUAUUUUCUUCAUUCAGAAAACUGUAGAUUGGAGAUGGUGUAAAUUUCAGUGAAUUUUUAUGAAUGGAUGAACUGAAUUAAUGGUUGAAACUUGAGACAUAUCAUGGAGGUGAUUUUAGAACACAUGAUCGAUUUUUUUGUAGCGAAUGAAUUAAGGGAAAAAUGAAAGAUACGUUCAAUACAUUCUUAGAUAUCUCUGUUAGCAAGAGAUGUAAAAAACUCACUAGAACACCUUUUGUGGAGAAUUUUAGGAUCUACAAAAAUAAUGUCUUCAUAUUUCUCGCUUGUUUGAAAAAUAUUUGUAAAAUGUCUGUUAAUUCUUGGAUUUAUCUUGUAUUUUUCUUUACUCCGCUGCAUGAUUUUGCUACGAUCUCUCCGUAAUAUCGACAAAGCACAAGAUCUGAAUUUUUUUUAGUCACAAAAAUGUGCACCUUUCUUUUGACAUUGAUAAGGUGUCUAGUCACACGAAUGUAAUCUAUAACCGAACACUCAAAAAAAUUCUCAGUCUUUCAUUUGAUUAUAAUGUCUUGAAUUUGUGACUGUCUCAUGUCAUAAUAUUUCGUAAUUGUUUCAUCUCAAAACUUCACUUAUGGUCCAUAAUAAGACUUUCAAUUAUUUUUAUUAAGAAUAUAAAAUUUUUUUUCGACUAUUUCAGAAGUAGGGAGGAUAAAUUGAGAUUAAACGAGAAAUUCUCUGCAGAUGAGUUUCUAAAUAUCAGAGAAACGAAAGGGAUUAGAGAAAAACAUGAAAAGAUUUUUUUGUCAUUCCGGUCAUAAGGCUCCGCGUCCGUGAAUCUCUGCCUACGGCGGU